UGUUCGGCCGGAUCGUGUUGGACAUAUCGAACAGUGUGUUGCCCCUGAGCAAAUUGAAUGGCACGCCCUCGAGCCUGGACGGCCUCUCGGAAGACAUGGAGUUCCAAGUGCGAUCCUUGGGCUGCGACCUCAUCCAAUUGGCCGGAAAACUGCUUCGUCUACCUCAGGUGGCCAUGGCGACAGGAUGCGUGCUCUUCCAUCGAUUCUACUACGCCAAAUCCCUGAUUCGGCUGGAAUUUGAUGUCACGGCCAUGGCGUGUUUAGGACUAGCCUGCAAGAUUGAAGAGUGCCCGCGGCGCACUCGCGACAUCAUCAGUGUAUUCACUCAUAUCCGACAAGUUCGGAGUGGAAAACCCAUCACACCCGUGGUGUUAGAUCAAAAUUACUCUGCGCUCAAGAGCAACAUCAUCCGAGCCGAGAGACGUGUUCUGAAGGAAUUGGGAUUUUGUGUCCAUGUCAAACAUCCCCACAAGAUUAUAGUGUCCUAUCUGAGGUGGCUAGAGGAGCAAGACAAUCUGGAAAUGCUCCAAAUGAGCUGGAAUUUCAUGAAUGACAGUCUGCGCACGGAUGUGUUUGUGCGAUAUCCCCCGGAGACGAUCGCCGUGGCUUGCAUCUAUCUGUCGGCGCGAAAGCUCAAGAUUCCCAUGCCCAAGGAUCCCACGUGGUUCGACGUCAUCGGAGUCGAGGAAGACGAUAUCAAGGAUUGCUGCUAUCGCAUGAUUUGUCUCUACAACAAGAAGAAGCCCAAUCAAGAUGAGCUGGAAGCCCACAUUGCUUCCUUGCGACACAAGUUAGACGAGAGUCGGCGGGCCGCUCGAGAGCAGCAAAGCAGUCGAGCCAGCAAGCAGGACACGCCUAACGUGUCGAGUCCCGCCUCGAGAACAAACUCGCCCUCUCGGCUGGCUGCAACCGUGACUACGGCUAGCAAAUUGACACUCACAACCACCACCACCACCUCGACGUUCUCCGGCAAGGCCUCGGGCAAGAGCUUAAGUUCCUCGCAAACCCUCACUGUGAUCUCAGCCAACGUGCCCGUUGUUCGCAACGCUGGCAACGGGAGUCAAUCUCGUGGGUCGCGCUCCAGAAGUCGAAGUAGGACCCCGUCGUCACGGAAACGUAAAAAGCAUCGCCGCCGGUCGGGUUCCACAGAUGGGCUUGAUCGGAAGAGGGGCGGGUCACGCCGUCGGACGCCCUCUCGAACGCCCAGUUUGUCGCCCAGUGUGAAAAGCUCGAGUCGGAAGAGCAAGAAGAGCCACCAUCGGGACAAAGGACGUCACCGAUCGAGAUCGCCUCGAGAUUCUCGCCACUAUCUCUCUUCAUCGGGAGUUCGCUCCGCCAACAACGGGUCAAGUGCUAGAGACUACGAUUAUCGAGGAAAAUCGAGCAAGCGAGAUCACGAUCAUCGGGACGAUUACCAUAACAAUCGAAGAUAAUAAAACAUAGCGAGAAUUUUGUAUGUAACGAGAUGUCGUCUCAUUUUCCACGCAAAUAAAAAAAAACCAACGUCGAAGAACGCCAAUGAACUGAAAUGGCCAAGAAGAAGGUUCUGCCCAACCAAAUGUGGCCGCGUGGCCCAACACCUUCCAGGCCACUUUCAGGAGCUAAAAAAUCCCCUAAUAUAGGGACCAAUUGUACUGUCGCAAUUGUUUCUUGUAUUUUUCAAUACAAAAGUUUGUGCAUAUAUGUGUAAUAAAUAAUGAACCCAACUCGA